CACCCGCGGCCGCGGGGGCCGGAGCGCCCCGCGGCUCCUGAGCGCAGGCCCCUGAGAUGUCUCUGAAAGCAGAAAGCCAUGCAGCCACAUCCACGCUGAAGAAACUCGCUGCAGACAUGAGCAACAUCAUCGAGAGCCUGGACACCAGGGAGCUCCAUGUGGAGGGGGAGGAGGUGGAUGCAGAGGUGCUCACUGACCCCAAAGGCACCGUGUGCAUUCCCUUCUCUGCCAUCUACCACACCCAUGGGUUCAAGGAGCCGGGCACGCAGACGUACCUCACGGGAUGUCCUGUCCGAGUGCGUGUGUUGGAAGUUGAACGCUUCACUUCCACCAAGAAGGUACCGAGCCCCAAUGUUUACACCAUCGAGCUGACCCAUGGAGAGUUCGUCUGGCACGUGAAAAGGAAGUUCAAGCACUUCCAGGAGUUUCACAGGGAGCUGCUGAGGUACAAAGCCUUUGUACGCAUCCCUAUCCCCACCAGGAGUCACACGGUGAGAAGACAAUCCAUCAAAAGGGGAGAGCCGAGGCAGAUGCCGAGUCUGCCGCACACGGCGGAGAGCACGGUGCGGGAGGAGCACUUCUCCAGCAGGAGGAAACAGCUGGAGGACUACUUGACAAAUAUUCUGAAAAUGCCAAUGUACAGGAACUACCAUGGAACAAUGGAGUUUGUUGGAGUAAGCCAGCUGUCAUUCAUCCAUGACCUGGGACCGAAGGGCAUAGAAGGGUUCAUCAUGAAGCGCUCCGGGGGCCACCGCAUUCCCGGCCUGAACUGCUGCGGCCAAGGGAGGAUGUGCUACCGCUGGUCCAAAAGGUGGCUGGUGGUGAAGGACUCAUUCCUGAUGUACAUGAAGCCUGAUUCAGGGGCCAUUUCCUUUGUCCUGCUGGUCGAUAAGGAAUUCAACAUCAAGAUAGGCCAGAAAGAAACAGAAACUAAAUACGGGUUGCAGAUUGACAAUCUCUCCAGGUCGCUGAUUCUGAAGUGUAACAGCUACAGACAUGCCCAGUGGUGGAGGCAGGGCAUAGACGAGUUCGUCCGGAAACACGGCAAGGACUUUCUGACGGAGCAUCGCUUCGGCUCCUACGCGGCCGUGCAGGAGAACACCCUGGCCAAGUGGUAUGUCAAUGCCAAGUGGUACUUUGAAGACGUUGCAAAUGCCAUGGAAGCUGCUAAGGAAGAAAUUUUCAUCACAGAUUGGUGGCUGAGCCCGGAAAUCUUCAUGAAGCGACCGGUGGUGGAAGGGAAUCGCUGGAGGCUGGACUGCAUCCUCAAGAGGAAAGCACAACAAGGAGUGAGAAUUUUUGUUAUGCUGUACAAAGAGGUAGAGCUUGCCCUGGGGAUCAACAGUGAAUACAGCAAGCGGACCCUCAUGCACCUCCAUCCAAACAUCAAGGUGAUGAGGCACCCAGACCACGUGUCCUCCUCCGUGUACCUGUGGGCCCACCACGAGAAGCUGGUGAUCGUUGACCAGUCGGUGGCGUUUGUGGGUGGCAUUGACCUGGCCUACGGGCGCUGGGACGACGACGAGCACCGCCUGACCGACGUGGGCAGCGUCAAGCGCGCCGCCGCCGCCAAGUCGGUGUCCACCGCCAACCUGGCAUCUGCAGCAGAGUCGACUGAACAUGUCCCACUGCAGCCUCAAACUCUGGCCCCAGAGAGCCAUUUGUUUGAGAGAAAUGCUGAUGAUGCCCCGGACACAUCAAAAAUGAAAGGAGUAGGAAAACCCAAAAAGUUUUCAAGGUUCAGCAUUUACAAGCACCUGCACAAGCACGGCAUGCACCACGCUGACAGCGUCAGCAGCAUCGACAGUGAGUCAAGUUACUCUAGUCCCACUAGGAGCCAACCGAAUAUAAUCCAGAGUUUAAGGCCCCAUCUGAAAAUGUUCCAUCACCACAGUGAAUCCAAACAGGGGCUCACUGAGCCUCGGGAGGAUAAAGGAUCCAUCCGUAGCCUGAAGACGGGUGUUGGAGAGCUGCUUGGGGAAACCAGGUUCUGGCACGGAAAGGACUAUUGCAACUUUGUCUUUAAAGACUGGGUUCAACUUGACAAGCCUUUUGCUGACUUCAUUGACAGGUACACCACGCCGAGGAUGCCCUGGCACGACAUCUCCUCGGUGGUGCACGGCCGCGCCGCGCGCGACGUCGCCCGGCACUUCAUCCAGCGCUGGAACUUCACCAAGAUUAUGAAACCCAAAUACCGGUCCCUGUCCUACCCAUUCCUGCUGCCAAAAUCUCAGCAAACUGCUCAUGAAUUGAAGUAUCAGGUGCCUGAGGCUGUUCCUGCCACAGUCCAGGUGAUCCGCUCUGCUGCUGACUGGUCUGCUGGCAUUAAAUACCACGAGGAGUCCAUCCACAAAGCCUACAUCAGCGUGAUAGAGAACAGCAAGCACUACAUCUACAUAGAGAACCAGUUUUUUAUUAGCUGUGCUGAUGAUAAAGUUGUCUGGAACAAGAUCGGUGAUGCGAUUGCUCAGAGGAUUCUUAAAGCUCACAGGGAGAACAAGCGUUUCCGAGUGUACGUGGUGAUCCCGCUGCUGCCGGGCUUCGAGGGGGACAUCUCGACGGGCGGGGGGAACGCGCUGCAGGCCAUCAUGCACUUCAACUACAGGACCAUGUGCAGAGGGGAGAACUCCAUCCUGGGCCAGCUGAAGGCAGAGGUUGGAGAUAAGUGGAUAAACUACAUCUCAUUCUGUGGCCUCCGAACAUAUGCAGAGCUGGAAGGAAAGCUGGUCACAGAGCUCAUCUAUGUGCACAGCAAACUGCUCAUUGCUGAUGACAACACAGUUAUAAUUGGCUCUGCCAACAUCAACGACCGCAGCAUGCUGGGGAAGAGGGACAGUGAGAUGGCCAUCAUCGUGCAGGACAGCGACACCGUGCCCUCGCUGAUGGACGGCCGGGAGUACCACGCCGGCCGCUUCGCCCAGUCCCUGCGCCUGCGCUGCUUCAGGGUUGUCCUUGGCGGCUCUGAUCUCAAUCCAGAACACCAGGAUCCUGUCUGUGACAAAUUCUUCAAGGAGGUCUGGAUUGCCACAGCAGCUCGCAAUGCCACCAUCUUUGACAAGGUGUUUCGAUGCCUUCCCAGUGACCAGGUGAAUAAUUUAACCCAACUGCGUGAUUUCAUCAACAAGCCCAAAUUAGCAAAUGAUGAUCCUGCAAAAGCAGCAGAAGAAUUAAAAAAGAUUCGUGGGUUUUUAGUACAAUUCCCCUUUCGUUUUCUGGAGGAAGAGUACUUGCUUCCCUCUGUUGGAACAAAGGAGUCCAUGGUACCCAUGGAGGUUUGGACUUAAGAAGAUCCAGACUGCUUUACCUUUUAAAGUCUUGUUCUCAGGAGAGAAGUUAAUGAAAAAUACGGAAUUUUGGAAAGUAAAAGAGUAAAAGCUUCUCCACCAAGCUCAUGAGCCCUUCUGAAGGAUUUUGGUAGAGUAACUUGAAGCAAGUCAACACUAGCAGACAAGAGAAGCAGAAAAACUUGGAAAUGAUGGCAGAUGAGAAGUGUAACCUCUGGAGGAGUUACUUCUUCAGGCAUGUUCUGAGCAUCUAAAGGAUGCAGGCUGCUUCCUAGGACAGGAACUGACUCCCAAUCGAUGUUGUCACCACUGCCAGCUGUGUCCUGUGGUUGUGUUCAUACUGUGAUCGUGCUGUGGCUGCACAGGAGUCAUGGGCUGCGUGUGCUGCUUCUCAGGCUUUGGGUGUCUGCACCUUGGCUGGCUGGAGUUCCCCAUCUCACACCAGCAGAGCACGUUGUGCAGCCCUGCCACUGUUGGCAAGUGCCAUUUGCUGCUGCCUUGGGCUGUCCUGCAGCUUUCCAAGUGUGGGUGUUUCAGUUCUUACAGAGAAACAGACUAACAAUCCUGUACCAGAAUCAGCAUUUCAGUCUCUUCAUCCCUUUGGGAGAAAAAAAUCCUCUUCCUACUGCAGCUGGAGCAAUCAGCAGCCCUCAGGCUUGGCAGAGGGCAGUCUCAGUGGAGCUGCUGGAGAUCACUGGAGUUUGCUGGUCUUUGCAGGCACAGCACAUCAGCUUGGUCCCACUGAGCGUGACUGUUUUCCUCAGGAGAGGAUCAAGGUUCCAGCUCAAGCCUGAGGUGUCCAGAGCCGAGGGAAACCAAGGCACUGCAUGUAACUCGAAAGCCAGCAUGAUCUGAACCAAGCUCUGCACUCUGCUUGUGUGUUUAGCCUGCAGCUUAUGGGUAGAUUUUCAUUUCCAUCCCUUUCCCCCUAUUUAAAAGAAGGCAAAGGCCGUUAAGCUGACACCAGGCUCAGACUGAGCUGGUGUGUGGAUUUGUAGAUGAGGUGAAUGCAAGGGGAAGGGGAGCAGGGGGCAAAGCCUUGUCUCUGCUCUGCUUUGUUACUGAACCAGCCACAACCUUGAGUUCAGUCGUGCAGGAUGUGUCUUCCCAAGCAGAGGUAGAGCUCAGCAUUGCACAUUCCUGUUUUCCAUUGCUGUAAGAAGGUUUCCAAAGCUCUUUUGCACCUCCCUGUAGAGAGAAGCAGCAGUUCAAUCAGCAUCCUGGGAAAAACACUACAGUUCCUUGGUUAGGACCUCGUGUGGUGGGCACCAGCCUGGGUCUGACCCCAUGC